CAAGAUGCCUGAGGAGACCCAGACCCAAGACCAGUCCAUGGAGGAGGAAGAGGUCGAGAUGUUUGCCUUCCAGGCAGAAAUUGCCCAGUUGAUGUCAUUAAUCAUCAACACUUUCUAUUCCAACAAAGAGAUCUUCCUGAGGGAGCUUAUUUUGAAUUCAUCUGAUGCACUGAACAAAAUCAGAUACGAAAGCUUGACAGAACCCAGUAAAUUAGAUUCCGGGAAGGAGCUGCACAUUAAUCUCAUUCCAAACAAACAAGAUCGAACCCUCACUAUAGUGGAUACUGGAAUUGGAAUGACCAAGGCCGACUUGGUUAAUAAUCUUGGCACCAUCGCCAAGUCAGGGACCAAAGCUUUCAUGGAAGCUUUGCAGUCUGGUGCAGAUAUCUCUAUGAUUGGCCAGUUUGGCGUUGGUUUCUAUUCUGCCUAUCUGGUUGCUGAGAAAGUGACUGUGAUCACCACCAAACAUGAUGAUGAUGAGCAGUACGCCUGGGAGUCAUCUGCAGGGGGCUCCUUCACUGUUAGGACUGACACAGGUGAACCCAUGGGUCGUGGGACAAAGGUUAUCCUGCAUCUGAAAGAAGACCAGACUGAGUACUUAGAGGAAAGAAGAAUAAAGGAGAUUGUGAAGAAACAUUCUCAGUUUAUUGGCUAUCCCAUUACUCUUUUUGUGGAGAAGGAGCGUGAUAAAGAAGUCAGUGAUGAUGAAGCUGAAGAAAAGGAAGAGAAAGAAGAGGAGAAACUGGCAGAAGAUAAAGAGAACUACAAAAAGUUCUAUGAGCAGUUCUCUAAAAAUAUAAAGCUUGGAAUUCAUGAAGACUCUCAAAAUCGUAAGAAACUUUCAGAGUUGUUAAGGUAUUACACAUCUGCUUCUGGUGAUGAGAUGGUAUCCCUGAAGGAUUAUUGCACCAGAAUGAAGGAAAACCAGAAGCAUAUCUAUUAUAUCACAGGUGAGACCAAGGACCAGGUAGCUAAUUCGGCCUUCGUAGAACGUCUUCGGAAGCACGGCUUAGAAGUGAUCUAUAUGAUUGAGCCUAUCGAUGAGUACUGUGUCCAACAGCUGAAGGAAUUUGAGGGGAAGACUUUAGUGUCAGUCACCAAAGAGGGUCUAGAACUUCCAGAAGAUGAAGAAGAGAAAAAGAAACAGGAAGAGAAAAAAACAAAGUUUGAAAAUCUUUGCAAAAUCAUGAAAGAUAUCUUGGAGAAAAAAGUGGAGAAGGAGGUAGUUGUCUCAAACCGGUUGGUAACAUCCCCAUGCUGCAUUGUCACAAGCACAUAUGGCUGGACAGCAAAAGAGAGAGCUGUGAAAGCUCAAGCCUUAAGAGACAACUCCACAAUGGGUUACAUGGCUGCCAAGAAGCACCUAGAGAUCAAUCCUGAUCAUUCCAUCAUUGAGACCUUAAGGCAAAAGGCAGAGGCUGACAAGAACGACAAGUCUGUGAAGGAUUUGGUCAUCUUGCUUUAUGAAACCGCACUCCUGUCUUCUGGGUUUAGUCUGGGAGAUCCCCAGACACAUGCUAACAGAAUCUACAGGAUGAUCAAACUUGGUCUGGGUAUUGAUGAAGAUGACCCUACUGCUGAGGAUACCAGUGCUGCUAUGGCUGAAGAAAUACCACCCCUCGAAGGAGAUGAUGACACGUCAUGCAUGGAAGAAGUAGAUUAAGCUCUGCCUGAAGAGUGACUUACAUAUGUGUUCAAUACUUAAUCUUCAUUCCCUCUGAUAAUAUACAUAUAUUUUCAAGAAUUGUUUUUCUUUAUUUUUGGUUAAUACUUUAAACAUCUGUAAGGCAUGACAGUAACUAUGGAAGGGGAAGAUAAGAUUUCUUUUUACUUCUAAGUGUGAUACUGUGAUACUUUAAGCACUAAAGCAGAGCUAGUAAUGAUUUUCUAGUUUCACAUCAGCCUGUUUUAACAGAUCAAGGUAAUGUUUGUUGUAAGAUGUAUGUAGCCUAAUGUUAACUUUGUGGUCUAAAGAAGUGUUUAGCUGUCCAAGCCAGAUUUCUUAGUAGACCAAAUCUUUUGUUGUUGAAGUGUUCUGAGAUACCUUGAUGUUUGAAAGAAUUAUUUGUUAAAAUGCUUUUCAGUUUCAUCUCCUGAGAUCUACUUUUUAACUUCCCAUACCCUGUAGUUACCAAUUCUGCAUGUAUUAGUCUUAGUCCUUUAGAAAUAGGUUAAGCUGAAGCAGCUUGAGGGAGGAACUCUCCAACA